AACUCUGCAGGGCUCCGGUCUUAGACACCCCUGUUUUAGAGAAAAGUUGUAGGGAAAAUCUCACAACACGCAGAGCAAAGCUAGAGAGAAGGGGGCUAGGGGUAUUUCUUUUCCUCCUCCUUUUUUUUUUUUUUUUCCAAAGUGCGUAGGCGACUGGGAGCUGCCUGUGGUGAUAAAUGUCGGCGCUGUCUCUCAAAUAUUAUACUGCAUAUGUGCACCUGCUAACAUACAGACACAACAAUGCGAGGACAACCUAUGGAUAGAGUGUUAAAUCAGCAGUGAUUAUGUAUAUCCGACUCAGUAAAAUAAAUAAUGACAUCAUACUGUACGCCAAAAAAAAAUGUAUUCGUAAUAACGCUAAAAACAUCAGAAUGUAUGUAGUCAGAUUCAAUAAUACCCUGUAAUAAUUAAUUCGACUCCAAAUUGGUUGAUGACAUUUUCUUCACCCUCAAUCUUGCUCUAUUAUCGGGUUAAUCGCACUGCGAUCAAUGCACGUGCAAAGUAAUUACAGCAAUUACGCUCCGAUUUCCAUAUCGAACACAAUCCGCGAGGUAAUCAUUUACCUCGUUGAUAGCGAUACUGUAAACAGACGCUUUUUAAUAUCUCUCCUCGAAGCAUUCUGACGCUGAAAAUACCAGAUGUACCCGAAGAGGACCUCAAGUUCCGCCGAAGCGUCUGGGAAGACAGACUUUGUUUUUUUAUGACGUAAUUUGCAGAAACUAACGGAUGCGUUAGGGGUUUGAAGGUGUCCACUUUGGAAGUUUGCGCUCUGCCUCUGUGUGAACGUCAGUAUGUGUAUUUGGUGGUGCAAUCGAAAGCAGCGCAACUUCAAGGAGCAGGAGGGGCUCUUCUAUUAUUUGAUCCCGCUAAUUGUCAAUGUAUAAGUGAAGUUUAAGCACCGGACACUAACCGAGAAGGUCUUACUGUUCCCGUUGGACUAUUACCUCGACUACUCGCCACUGUUUUAACUGAGCCUGGAAGAAAAGGCUGCAGCUGUGUCACUUUUUUCCUUCUUAGAAUUGUCUCUGUGCUGUGUGCCACAUUCAACACGGAGUCAAUCUCACCUAAAACAUGUCCACCAAAUUGUUCCUCUACUUCUUUCUUCUGUCAGUGUUUCGUGCAUGUUCUCAAACAGUCGCUUCUGAGGAUGAGUAUGACGACGUUACUGUGAAUCAAAUGUUGGCCCCCAAAACCCACGAGACGGACACAACACAAAUAUUAAACAACUUACUAAAGGAGUAUGACAAAAAGCUGCGGCCGGAUAUUGGAGUUAAACCUACAGUCAUUGAUGUUGAUAUCUACAUAAAUAGUAUUGGACCCGUGUCAUCAAUAAAUAUGGAGUACCAGAUUGACAUCAUUUUUGCGCAAACGUGGACAGACAGCCGGCUCAGAUAUAACAGCACUAAGAAAAUUUUGACUUUGAACAGUAAUAUGGUUGGACUCAUUUGGCUACCGGACACAAUCUUCAGAAAUUCCAAGAGUGCAGAUUCACAUUGGAUUACUACACCAAAUCAGCUCCUUAGAAUAUGGAACGAUGGGAAAAUACUUUACACUUUGAGAUUGACCAUAAAUGCAGAGUGCCAGCUUCAACUGCAUAACUUUCCUAUGGAUGAACACUCUUGCCCCCUCAUCUUCUCCAGCUAUGGAUACCCACGAGAUGAAAUGAUUUACAAGUGGAGAAAGAAUUCGGUGCAGGCGGCUGAUCAGAAGUCAUGGAGACUUUACCAGUUCGACUUCAUGGGCCUAAGAAACACCACAGACAUAAUUAAGACAACUGCAGGUGACUAUGUAGUGAUGAGUGUAUAUUUUGACCUAAGCAGAAGAAUGGGGUACUUCACAAUUCAGACCUACAUCCCCUGCAUACUUACUGUGGUUCUCUCUUGGGUCUCCUUUUGGAUCAAAAAAGAUGCAACUCCAGCCAGAACAGCACUAGUUUCCUGCUUUGAUAAGUCCAUGUCCUGUCCUGGUAAAUGUUACUUUUGUCAAGGAAUAACAACGGUAUUAACCAUGACAACGCUGAGCACAGUGGCACGGACAUCACUACCCAGGGUCUCGUACGUCACAGCAAUGGAUCUUUUCGUCACUGUCUGUUUCCUGUUUGUUUUUGCGGCUCUCAUGGAGUAUGCCACACUCAAUUAUUACUCCUACAGUGCGCGCAGACCAACCUGCAACAAGACGAAAAGAUUGAACUACUCUGUACUGGAUGUGGGUCCUCCUCCCACAGUUAUCACACUCAACAACUCCAUGUACUGGCAGGAGUUUGAUGAUGCCUGUGUUUAUGAGUGCCUGGAUGGAAAAGACUGCCAGAGUUUCUUCUGCUGCUAUGAAGAGUGCAAAGAUGGAGCAUGGCGAAAGGGCCGUGUGCAUAUAGACAUUUUGGAACUCGAUGCAUACUCUCGUGUCUUCUUUCCCACCUCUUUCCUUUUAUUCAAUGUUGUCUACUGGGUAGGCUACUUGUAUCUUUAGCAGUCCCACACACCUCACUACGCAAAGAACUUGACUUUUGGUUCUGUCAGAGCAGACACAAAGAACAGACUGAACCAAGAAUUUUCAAGGUACUGUAAAAAAAAAAAAGAGCGGAUACUGGUCAUCAGAGUUGAGCUGUGGAGAUUCAAGGACUUCUCCAGUAGGAGAUGAAAAUUAGACAAUGCUACAGGAACCGAAAGCUACAGAAGAUACAUGAAAACCCUUAAAACCAGGCUGUUUUUAUAUGGGCAAGAAGAAUAUUGCCACAAGCUCUUUAAGUGGUUGCAGUUCUCUGGCAGAGAUCUUUGCCUUCUGUUCUUCAGGUACCAGGAAAAAAAAAAGAUUCACAAUGUUCCUCUCACACAAUCUCGUCUUUUUAUGGGUGAGAGCAGCUGUAAGGAGUCAAGUUGCGAAUAAUCCUUAGGCCAAGACAGCGUGAGAAAAAAAAUGCCUUGCAUAGCAUGUGACCCUCUGACUUUUCAUCUACCCUAGUAUAUUGUUCACUGUCAUCUAGCCAUCAGUCAAAACCAGAUUGGCUUUCAUGUAAGCACAGCUUUCAGAGCCAUCUAUAGUGCCUUCCAGUGGAGGAGAAGCCAUCAGGCAGAGAAAUCUUAGAAAUGAUGGCAGGAACAUCAUCUGGUCUUGACUGACUGCUGAUUUUUUAUUUUGGAGUUUAUUCAAGCUUUAGUUAUAGUCACUCAUUAUUUUGAUGCAUUCAACAUGUCUAAACCCAUCAUCACUGCAUGUUAUAUGAUAGUAUUAAGCUGUACCCUGAAUCAGCACAAUAAUGGCAAGAGAGUAGAUCCAUUUUAAAAUAUUUGGAAUAUUAAUUAGUGUAGAUUGCAAAUGUUUGCCUACAUUAUUGCCUAGAUUUUUAUUGCACAUUUUUCCACACAACAGAGAGGUUAAUUAAAGGUUAAAUUAAUAUAUUAUAUUAUAUUUUAUAAAUGCCUAAAGUCUAUUAGCAUCAAUCUAUUAGUUAAAAAUUGCAUGUAUAGAAUGGAUCAUAAGUUCCAUAGAAUCUCACCCUUCCGUUCAGCCUGAGUUGGCACAGUGGUUAAUAUUCAUGUGUACACCAAGCAUAGCAAAAUCAAAACCACCCAAAUGAAAUCAAGGAAAGUGAGUGUCUCUGGAUCUUUGUAGGCACAUUUGUAUUAUCUACAGAUUUUAUUUCUAUCUUGGACUUACAUCUGCAGCCCCAUCCUAUGAUGUGGCAAUACAUUUGACACGUGCAGGUUGCGAAUCACUGCAUAUACUGUAUAGGAUAGUUCAUUCAAAAAGUAAAAUUCUGUCAUCCUUUAUUCACUCUCAUCUACUAUACAUUAGAUUUUCCAAUAGUCAAGGCUGUGCUUUUCCGUGCAAUGAAAUUGGGUAAUACUUUUUGAAAAAAGAAAAAUCAUACAGGUUUGUAGCGACAUGAGGGUGAGUAGAUACUGGCAGAUUUUCUUAAUUUAUUUUUGAGUGACAAAUCCAUUUAGUAAUAAAAAGGAGUGUCCGAAAAAUAUUAAAUUCUAACAAUCAGUAACACUUUACACAUAGGUUUCAAAUGGUUAACAUUAGUUAAUGCAAUUUGUACCAUUGAAGUAACAAUGAACAACAUUUUUACAGUAUUUAUUAA